AUGUUCGCUGUCCCGGGCUGGUCGGUUUCGGCCGACAAGCUCAAGACAGAGACUCUGAACAAGCCUCCACCACAAGAGAAGGGCGUCAAGGGCCACUCGACCAAGGGCACUGGUGCCAAUGCGACCGCGCUUUUCGCCGAGCCGGCCGCCAAGAAGCGGAAGCGAGAGAAGGCGGCCAAGAGAGAGUCUAGUGGUCCCCAGAUCACGGGCAAAAACCUCGCCGAGAUGUGGGAACGCGUGAUCGAGAAGAGAGAUCCGUCGCAGCGCACCGAGGGCGGUGCUCCACCGUCCAAGAAGUCAAGACGGAACAAGAAGGACAAGUCAGAGGUCGAGGGCGAGACAGAGGCGGCAACGAAACCAAACAAGCCAGCUGCUGCGCAGCAUGUUUCUGAACCGAUCUCGAUCCCGACCAAGUCCCCCGCGUCCAAGGAGACGCCCGACCGGGACGAGGCUAAGCCUGCGAAGAAGUCCGGGGCCAAGGCACGCAUCGACAGUGUCCCGGUAGCAAGCGAGAAGUCCGACCAUUCGACACAGAGCGGCAAAGUCAAGGACAAGAAGGAGAAGAAAGUCAAGGCUGCCGAGGCCGACACGUUCGAGCACACACCCAAAACCGAUAAGCAGGAACAUAAGGAUAAAAAGGACAAAAAGGACAAGAAAAAACGCGAAGAUGUCCAAAUGGAGGACGUUCAGACCACACCAAAGGAGCAGACACCCAGCAAGAAGCAAAAGGCAGACAAGCUCAAGCAGGACAAGCCCAUCGCAUUUACAGCAGCUGCUGCUGUUGCUGCUGCGUCCCCGGCCGCUGCCACUGCUGGCGUCCUCUCUCUCCCGCCGGCCGGUCCCAAGCUCACGCCGCUGCAGGCGUCCAUGCGUGCCAAGCUCGUGUCCGCUCGCUUCCGCCACCUCAACGAGACCCUCUAUACGACUCCCUCCGCCGAGGCCCUGCGUCUCUUUGGCGAGUCGCCCGACAUGUUCCACGCCUACCAUGAGGGCUUCCGGCAGCAGGUCUCGGUCUGGCCCGAGAACCCCGUCGACGGCUACGUAGCCGAGUUGGGUGGUGGCGGUCGUGGUGGCGGUCGGGGACGAGGCGGUCGUGGCGGCCGUGGCGGCUUUGGUGGCCACCACCACCGCGACCCCACGGAUACCCUGCCCCGCACCCAUGGGCAGUGUCGUCUCGCUGACAUUGGCUGCGGCGAUGCGCGCCUGGCUGCUUCGCUCGCGCCCGAUGCUGCGGCCCUCCGCAUCGAGGUGCUGAGUUUUGAUCUGCACGCCGACCCCAACAACCCGUUUAUCACGGCGGCCGCGGACGCCUCGGACCUUCCACUGGGCCCGGGGUCCGUCGACGUCACCGUGUUUUGCCUCGCACUCAUGGGCACCAACUGGCUGUCCUUUGUCGAGGAGGCCUACCGCGUGCUGCGGUGGAAGGGCGAGCUGUGGGUGGCGGAGAUCAAGAGCCGCUUUGCGGGCGGUGCGGAGAUGCGCGCACGCCUCAAGCAGAAGCAGCAGGCGAACCAAAAGGGUCCCGUCUCGCACAGCGUUGGCUUCCGGCGAAAGAAUGGCAUCAAGGGUGGCAAGAAGGCUGGUCAGGACGAGGAUGACCCGGAUGUUGUGGCUGCCGCCAUCAGCGAGGUGGACGGCGCUGAUGAGGGUGGCAGCACGGGUGCUACCGAUGUGUCUGCCUUUGUGCAGGCACUACGCCGUCGUGGCUUUGUCCUGGACGAGAGUGCUGCCUCUGGCGAGGAUGGCCCGCCCAAGUCGACGGGUGGCAAGCCGCCUGCGGUGGACCUGAGCAACAAGAUGUUUGUCAAGAUGCGCUUCAUCAAGGCGGCGCCGCCGAUGGUUGGUAAGGAGGAGGUCAUGCAGUCACUCAAUGGUGGCCGGGGCAGCGAUGGCGGCGCCAAAAAGCCGUCGGUGUUCGACGACGACAAGAACAACCAGAACGCAGACCCCAUGGCCGACCCGGCGCUGGAGGCGAAGAUCCUCAAGCCGUGUGUGUACAAGCUGCGGUAA